AUGAUGAGGCUUCGCCCUGGCUUGAACCACAACUUCACGGUGAUGGGGCACGCCCAUAUUUGCCAGAGGCUUUUUCAUCUCGACGUGCAUCGCGACGGCAGUGCUGAGAGGACUGGCAAGGCCGCGAAGGCCGGCAAGGUCAUCAAGGGGCCCUUGAUUGGGUUGCCGGCGGGGGUGGUCCCGCUGACCUUGGCUUCGCCUCAUUCCCCUCCUCGGUAUCCAGACCCUUCCCCAGCGGACCGGGAGGACAAUGACACCGUCAUUGAGGAGGUCGCUAGGGACGCCGAGGCCGAGGCCGCCAAGAUCACCGCCGAAGAGGCCGCCAAGGGUGCUGCUGAGGAUGCCGCCAAGGGGCCGGCCGGGGAGACUGGCAAGGCCGCUUCUGAGGAGGCCAAGUCCAGUAUGGCAGCGAUAGACAAGGCGGAGGUGGACCUCGAGGAGCGCGUCACCGAGACGCAGGCUUGGUUCCGCCGGGCCUGUGAGGAACUGAAGACCGCCCAUGAUCUGCUGGCUGAGCGCAAGCAGGAGCUUGUCCUGAAGCAGGCCGACAUCGAGAAGGCCCAGGAGGCGGCGAAAGAACAAGCCGCCAAGGACGAGGUGGAGCGGGACGGGCUGAAGAAGCAUGUCCUGGAGCUGACGGAGGAGAGGGACGCGGCCAAAGGCGCUUUGGCUGACGCGCAGGCCACAGUCCUCGGCAAGGUCGAGCUGCUCUCCAAGGCCAAUGACUCCAUCAGGGACCUGAAGCUAAAGCUGGAGGGCCUCGAGGGGACGCUUUUGGAGGUCAGGGCCCGGGAGGAGACCCUGACCAAAGAUCUGGAGGCCGAGAGGCAGCUGCGGAGGACUGACGCCGCCAACCUCGAGGAUUUCGUGAAGGGCAAAAACCUCUGGAUCAGCCGCCUCGCCGACAUCGCCGACAGGAUCACCACGCAGCUGGCUACCAUGGGGAUGCCGAACAUGAGGCCAAGUUCGUCGGCGAACCCGCUUUUCAAGGAGCAAGGUGUUGAUCCCGGCUACGUCACCAAAAACCACUUCUUCAUCGCGCAACGAGCUCUACAUCAAGAAAGCGAAGAAUUGGGUGAACGCUUGGAGCAACUCGCCUCCGACCUUCGUCAAUCGGAAACAAGGAACCGCGACUACAUCGACGACAAGUUCCCUACACAAAUGGAAGAACUCCGCAACAUGAUCGUGCGGCGCCCGUCUUCCUCAUCCUCGUCAUCAAGACGACACCACUCAAGCCGCUGA